CGUACCAUUUAUAUCUACUACAUGCUCUUUCAAGGCUGAAAUCGACUCCUCGGGGUUCUAACUGACGUCGACAAUGUCUCACCACGGGUGAUUGUUGGCCUCAUGGUCCACAUAGCCAACUACGGAACGGCAACCGUGCGGCACAUUUACGGCGAUUGAACAAGACCUAAUAUAAACAGAUGGAAAACCUGCUUGCUGAAUCAUUCCAUCACACCGAUGCAACAGUUUGCAUACACAACGGGGGAGAACGCAACAGACGGCACUAUGAUCAUAGAUGUGAUGGAUCUGCUCUAUACUGGUCGCCUCUCCAGCUUCUGUAUUGUGUCCAGCGAUAGCGACUUCACGCGUCUUGCGGCCCGGAUCCGCGAGCAGGGUGUUACCGUGUAUGGCUUUGAUGAACGAAAAACCAACAAUGCGUUUAUUGCGGCCUGCGACAAAUUCGUCUACUUCGAUGUACUACCCAUGCCGACCGCCGAAGUGAAGAUGCCUUUGAUCCAGCACCAAGCACCACAAUCUUCCCCCAACUUAAGUGCACCAGCAACUACAACCGUCGAGCCUUUUGGUCCAAGGCCGAUCGACAAAGCAGGUUUCGGUGCCAUGAGGAGAGCCAUCGUUGCUAGCAUGGAUGAUGGAGAUAAUUGUGCUGACCUGGCGAAUGUUGGCCAUUAUCUAAGGAGAAUUUCUCAUGAUCUUAAUGCUCGCAACUACGGCUACAGGCGGUUGGAGGAUUUUGUGGAGGCCUCCAGGAUCGUGGAUGUAAGACUGAAGACGUUUAAGAACAGAACACCAGUUGUUUUGGUUCGUUUGGAGGAACACAAGCCGGCCAAGAGAAAUUUUGACCAGAUAGAAUAGAGAUCGAGCUCAGCACGGUUCCUCAGGAAGCCAUGUGGCAAAGCGGUGUCCUGGAGGACCUCGGUGUAUUUGGGGGGCAUAGA